AGGUGAUCCUGUGAAAGGGAACGUGCGAAGAGAAGCCUUGAACCUCGGUUUGUAAAGAAUGGAAGAAUACAAAGUACUGAAAGUACUGGGAGAGGGGUCCUUCGGGAGAGCUCUCUUAGUUCAGCACAAAGUCAGUGACCAGAAGUAUGCCAUGAAGGAAAUUAGGCUUCCUAUGUCUUCAUCUGAUGUAGAGAACUCUAGGAAGGAAGCAAUUCUUUUGUCUAAAAUGAAACAUCCAAAUGUUGUCGCCUAUAAAGAAUCAUUUGAAGCUGAUGGACACCUGUAUAUAGUGAUGGAGUAUUGUGAUGAUGGAGAUCUAAUGCAAAAGAUUAAACAUCAAAGAGGAAAGUUGUUCCCUGAAGACACGAUCCUUUGCUGGUUUGUGCAGAUGUGCCUGGGUGUGAAGCACAUUCACGAUAAGCGUGUAUUGCACAGGGAUAUCAAAUCCAAGAAUGUCUUUCUCACUCAAAAUGGAAAAGUAAAAUUGGGAGAUUUUGGAUCUGCACGACUUCUUGCACACCCAGUGUCAUACGCCUGCACAUACGUGGGAACUCCUUAUUAUGUACCUCCUGAGAUAUGGGAAAGCAUGCCAUACAACAACAAAAGUGAUAUAUGGUCUCUGGGAUGCAUUCUGUAUGAGCUGUGCACUCUUAAACAUCCGUUUCAAGCCAAUAGCUGGAAACAUCUAAUCCUGAAGAUAUGCAAAGGAUCCUACAGUCCCCUACCAUCUCACUAUUCCUAUGAACUCCAUUACUUAAUAAAACAGAUGUUUAAGAGAAAUCCAAAGAAUCGUCCGUCAGCGACUACUAUUCUUGCAAGAGGUUGCUUAACCAAACUUAUCAAAAAUUGUUUGCCUUCUGAGGUGACAGAAGAAUUCAAGCAAGUAUUAAAGGAAAGCAGGAAAUGUGAAGGCACUGCAAUAAGACCAAAAGGUAGUGCUGCAGCUGGUGGAAGCUCAAAUAAGAAAGAAAGUAAGCAAAGAAAGGAAGAAAGUAGCAUGUGUACCAGGUUGGCAAGUGAAAAUAUUACUAAGGACUUGAAUCAAUGCACAAGAGAACAAAGGAAAAAGGAUGAAGAGGAAGAAACUUCGGAAGUCCUCUCAGGAAUUACUGAUUUGACCCAUCCCCAUAGGAGACAAUGGGAGAAGAGAACAUGCAGUACUGUAGUGGAUGUCCUGGAAAAUGCUUCCUUGCUUUCUUCCAGUUUUACAUCUGAAGAGAAUAAAAAUGGCUCUGUUAUAAACUACAGUGAAAAUAAGCCUCGUAAGCAGUGGGCCAAGGAAACUCCUCAAACCCUGAUGAACAUCCUCAGUAACGCAGAUGUCAGCUUAGCGUUUAAAACAUACACAAUUUAUAAACCAGCUUCUGAAAAUAUGUUUAGAGGUCCACUUUCUGAUGAAACUGAAGCAUCUGAUGAACUAGAUGGGGAACAUGAAGAUAUUGUCACAGAUUUGGAGAGACUUGAGCCUAGAUCUGAUGAAGAUGAUACGGACUUCGAGGAAGAUGACCCAGACUGGGUGUCAGAACUGGAAACGGUAUUGAAACAGAGUGACUGAAAACUUGAAUUUGGAUUUUUUCUACAGAAACGAAAGUCAGUCGCCAUUAUCUAUAAUCCAAUCUGUUGUUACUAAUAGUUGUAGUUAUUAAUAAAAUCACCUCAGUCAAAAAAU